AUGCUAGAGCCGCAUCGACCCCAUUGCGACCCUGAACAGGGUCCCAGUACCAGCAAGGCGCGGUCGAGGAAAGCAUUUUGCAUUGAAAGAAACCGAGCAAUGUACAGUGUCUAUCUUCAUCUCAUCCCCAGCAAGGACGAGUCAACGACCGCGGACGAAUCUACGACCUCCGAUGAGUCGACCGAGGAUGGGUUGACCGAUGAUGGGUUGACCGAUGAUGGGUUGACCGAUGAUGGGUUGACCGAUGAUGGGUUGACCGAUGAUGGGUUGACCGAUGAUGGGUUGAUCGCCGAUAGUGUAAGCGAAGAUGAGCAUGCCCUUGCCUCAACCAGCGAGGCGAGCCCGGUGGACAACCAAGAUGACUGCACUUGGGAGUACAAUUACUCAGAAAAUGAUUUUCACCCUCCUAGGAAGCAGGCCACGAAAGUGGAGAGCUCAGAUGCAAGAGCCAAGCGGCUGGCUGCUGUCUAG